AUGAAUACCACCCAAGAAUUCCCAACGUUUUUAUUAUCUCUUCCACACCUUUGCAAGCCGGAAAGACCGACGGAAAAGACGACGGCACGGCAAAAGACGAAUAAGGAAUUGUUGAAACAUUACGGCGGCGGCGGCGGAAGAAAAGUAUGGGGAUAUCUCUCGCUCAAUACAUCCCCUGCGGAGCUGCCAUCCCACCGACAAUUCCAAAGGGACGGACUGCAAGUUGAAAAGUCCCCCGAUACCUGUAAGGACGAUGGAGGAGGAACGGAUGGCAUGAGGGAAAGUGAAGAAGAUACCGUUCCUCCUCUCCCCGGCCCCGCCAGAGGCGGCAAAACGGAUGCUUCUCAUCUUCGAGAGAUAAUCGAUAUGAGAACGCAUAUUACGGCUGAGGCAGCGCGCACUAUCAAGAGGACAAUGUUGGUAGUGUUGGCGACGGUUACGGACAUUGGUGUUGGUGGUGCUGGCUACGGACAACAUGGUGGUGCUGGCUGCGGACAAUGUGCUGCUCCGCAGUGUUUUACACGUUAG